UUGCCUCUCCUAUGUUCGGGAAGCCAGACAAAAUGGACGUUCGGUGCCACUCGGACGCCGAGGCUGCCCGGGUGUCGAAGAACGCGCACAAGGAGAGCCGGGAGACCAAGGGCGCCGAGGGGAACCUCCCCGCCGCCUUCCUCAAGGAGCCGCAGGGCGCCUUUUCGGCGUCGGGCGCUGCGGAAGAUUGUAACAAAAGUAAAUCCAAUUCCGCCGCGGAUCCAGAUUACUGCCGCCGGAUCCUGGUCCGAGAUGCCAAGGGGUCCAUCCGAGAGAUCAUCCUGCCCAAGGGCCUGGACCUGGACCGGCCCAAGAGGACGCGCACGUCCUUCACGGCGGAGCAGCUCUACCGGCUGGAGAUGGAGUUCCAGCGCUGCCAGUACGUGGUGGGCCGCGAGAGGACCGAGCUCGCCCGCCAGCUCAACCUCUCCGAGACCCAGGUGAAGGUCUGGUUCCAGAACCGGCGCACGAAGCAGAAGAAGGACCAGGGCAAGGACUCGGAGCUGCGCUCGGUGGUGUCGGAGACGGCUGCCACGUGCAGCGUGCUGCGGCUGCUGGAGCAAGGCCGCCUGCUGUCGCCGCCCGGCCUGCCCGCGCUGCUGCCGCCGUGCGCUACGGGCGCGCUCGGCUCGGCGCUACGCGGGCCCAGCCUGCCAUCCCUGGGCGCAGGCGCCGCCGCGGGCUCAGCCGCCGCCGCCGCCGCCUCGGGUCCCGCAGGCACCGAGUCCCCACACCCGCCGGCCGUGGGCGGCGCGCCCGGGCCGGGGCCUGCCGGGCCAGGAGGACUGCACGCGGGCGCGCCGGCCGCCGGCCACGGCCUCUUCAGCUUGCCCGUGCCCUCGCUGCUCGGAUCCGUCGCCAGCCACCUGUCGUCCGCCCCGUUGACAAUGGCCGGCUCGCUGGCUGGAAAUUUGCAAGAACUUUCCGCCCGAUACCUGAGCUCCUCGGCCUUCGAGCCUUACUCCCGGACCAACAAUAAAGAAGGGGCCGAGAAAAAAGCGCUGGACUGAUUUGAAGUGUUUCACUUAUUUAUAUUUAUGGUAUCUAUUGUGGUGAUAUUUAUGGACUCGCGCGUUAGGCGUCCGGGGCUCCUGCGCGGCGCUCCGCGCUCCCACGAGGCCUCUGACUACUCUCCUCCCCCACCACGCACGGCUACGAUUUCAUCGCAUUUGGGCUAAUUUUUUCCACCUUUCUUCCGUGUCCCCACCCCCCAAAAAAACUUCCUUCUGAAUCCAGGAGAGAUCCAAAGAAUUGGGAAAGAUGCCAGAGUUAGUCAGCCCGACGCCCCAACCAUCACCGGGUCAUGGAGGGAAAAGCCUGGCUCUGUGUCUACAGCACAGGACACCUGCUCUCCGUCGUCCCGCUGCCGCCGCUGCUAAUUGUUCCUACACUAUUGGAAAGAGGGAAGCUGCAACGCAGACGCCGGGGGCUGGAAAGGCUUGUAGGUUUCUUUAAACCAAAAAACGAGGACGUUCCUCUCUCCAGAGAAAGCAGGGCGUAGGGAGCCUCUGGGCCCCACCUUGUGGACCUUGGAAGAGCCGGUGCGCACACAGCUGUCCCAUCGAACAUGUCCGGCUGAGUUUUCUCUUCUUUAGAGAAAUUCCCGUCCCAACCACCCAGACCCCAGGAAACAAUAAGCCUAACGUGGUAGGCAAGGGUGGUAAUACGUUUGAUCUCAUCAGCAAUAAACUAAGAAUAAUAACUAUGACAUCAAACCAGAUGACGUGGAAACAUAGUUUUAGAAUACUCAUAAUAACGGAGUUUGGGAGGUGUAAGAAAAUUCAGGAGAGAAAAUGCUCCAGACAGCAAUUUUGCAACAUUAAAGUUCUGGGUGUUGUGACUUUAAACAGGAAUUUAAAGGGGGAAAAGCAAAGCAAAGGCCAACCUCGCUAGUGAAAGAAAAUCCACGCUUUCUCGGAGGCUGUUUGGAGCGGGUGGCCGGCGGCGUCAGGUUCUUCCCGGAGAAGGUCGUGCGGCUCCCGGCAGUCUCCCCACGCCGGCUCUUCUCCCAACCGCUUGCUAGACGCGUGGCUCAGGGCUGGCUUGCUGAGUUUGGAGACAAUCAGCACUCCUCUCCCCUACUCUCGGGUUCACAAAACCUUUCAAGCGCCGGGGAAACACGGGGAUUUCAGAGCAAUGCUUGGCAGACCUGGGAGCGCGACGCAGCCCGGACACCCAGGCAGUCCAGCCUCCUCCGUCUGUAGGCUCCGGGUCCAGAUCAGCUCCCUCGUGGCUGAUAGGAAAGGCAUCACCUCUUCACACCCAAACCCCAGGGUUUCAAUGGUCCCAAGUCAAAUCUGGACCGAGACGCCGGCGCGGCCUAGCCCCUUACAACGCACAGCAGCGACCUACCCCGCACCACGGCCACCACAUUUUAACCAAAAUCACACACCAAGACCGCGAGGUGCCGCACUGUCUAGGAUAUAUUCCUCCAACCGAAGCAAGAGCAGAGCAUUAAAAAAAAAAAAAAAAAAGUAAUUUUAUUGUAAAUUAUUUACGUCGAAAAAAAUUUUUUUGAAUUUUUUUUUUUUUUAGGCAAAUAGUAAAGAAAAUAAUGAAGGAUUCAAAUGCGGGUAGGUGUCCCUGAAACCUGGCUACUAACUUUGUUCUGAAUGUUUUGGAUAUUUGGAUGCUUUGUAUUUAUGUGGUGAGAGUGAAAUAUAUCUAUAUCUAUGACGAUAAACAA